GACGCUGGGCUGGGGGUGUUAGGGGAAAUUGCGGACAGACCCCCGCCCCGCUAGGCUGAGCCCGCGAAGAGCGUCGCUACCGCGUCCGGGCUGUGUGUGGACGCGCCGCGUGCGGCCCCGCCAAGGCUGGGAGUUUGCAGACCGUCCCUGCCGCGGCCCGCUCGGCGGCGGCCCUGCGGCUCCCGCGGCAGCCGCGGCGGCCCCGGGCGCGAUCCAGCCCAGGUAGCCGCGCCACAGGCUCGGGGCGCCGCGACCCCGUGCCCCGCCGCGUCGUGGGCCCCGCGGGGACAGCGGCUGGCGGGCGCUCCCUGCUGCUAUUGCUGCUGUUCAACACGGAGGAGUGAUUACUGUUCUAAAGAGGACAUUGGAGGAGGAUCCAUUAGGUCAUCGGAAUGGAAACGAGGAAAGGAAAUCGGCUGACGCAGGAGCCAGAGUGACACCGGCAAGCCCACCCCUCCAGUCUGCACCAUGAACUUGUGUCUUCCUCCUACGUUGUAAGAGCCAAAGGGCAGGUGAAGUUGCUGGAGAGCAAUGGCUCUCUUUACUCCAUGGAAGCUGUCCUCUCAGAAGCUCGGCUUUUUCCUUGUGACUUUUGGCUUUAUCUGGGGUAUGAUGCUCCUGCAUUUUACCAUCCAGCAGCGAACUCAGCCUGAGAGCAGCUCCAUGCUACGCGAGCAGAUCCUAGACCUCAGCAAGAGGUACAUCAAGGCGCUGGCAGAGGAAAACCGGAAUGUGGUGGAUGGGCCAUAUGCCGGCGUCAUGACAGCUUACGAUCUGAAGAAAACUCUCGCCGUGCUGUUGGAUAAUAUCUUGCAGCGCAUUGGCAAGUUAGAGUCAAAGGUGGACAAUCUUGUAGUCAACGGCACGGGAACAAAUGCGACCAACUCCACCACAGCUGUCCCCAGCUUGGUCGCACUUGAGAAAAUUAAUGUGGCAGAUAUCAUUAAUGGAGCUCAAGAAAAAUGUGUAUUGCCUCCUAUGGAUGGCUACCCCCACUGCGAGGGGAAAAUCAAGUGGAUGAAAGAUAUGUGGCGCUCGGAUCCCUGCUACGCAGAUUAUGGAGUGGAUGGGUCCACCUGCUCUUUUUUUAUUUACCUCAGUGAGGUUGAAAAUUGGUGUCCUCAUUUACCUUGGAGAGCCAAAAAUCCCUAUGAAGAAGCUGAUCAUAAUUCAUUGGCGGAAAUUCGUACGGAUUUUAAUAUUCUCUACAGCAUGAUGAAAAAGCAUGAAGAAUUCCGGUGGAUGAGACUCCGGAUCCGGCGAAUGGCUGAUGCAUGGAUCCAAGCUAUCAAGUCCCUGGCAGAAAAGCAGAAUCUUGAAAAGAGAAAGCGGAAGAAAGUCCUCGUUCACCUGGGACUCCUGACUAAGGAAUCUGGAUUUAAGAUAGCAGAGACAGCUUUCAGUGGUGGCCCUCUCGGUGAAUUAGUUCAGUGGAGUGAUUUAAUUACAUCUCUGUACUUACUGGGCCAUGACAUUAGGAUUUCAGCUUCACUGGCUGAGCUCAAGGAGAUAAUGAAGAAGGUUGUAGGAAACCGGUCUGGCUGCCCAACUGUAGGAGACAGGAUCGUUGAGCUCAUUUAUAUUGAUAUCGUAGGACUUGCUCAAUUCAAGAAAACUCUUGGGCCAUCCUGGGUUCACUACCAGUGCAUGCUCCGAGUCCUGGAUUCAUUUGGUACCGAGCCAGAGUUUAACCAUGCUAACUAUGCCCAGUCCAAAGGCCACAAGACGCCCUGGGGCAAAUGGAAUCUAAAUCCGCAGCAGUUUUAUACCAUGUUCCCUCACACCCCAGACAACAGCUUUUUGGGAUUCGUGGUCGAGCAGCACCUAAACUCCAGCGACAUCCACCACAUCAACGAAAUCAAAAGGCAGAACCAGUCCCUUGUGUAUGGCAAAGUGGAUAGCUUCUGGAAGAAUAAGAAAAUCUAUCUGGACAUUAUUCACACCUACAUGGAAGUGCAUGCGACUGUGUACGGCUCCAGCACAAAGAAUAUUCCCAGUUAUGUGAAAAACCAUGGUAUCCUCAGUGGACGAGACCUGCAAUUUCUGCUCCGAGAAACCAAGCUGUUCGUUGGACUCGGGUUCCCUUACGAGGGCCCCGCUCCCCUGGAGGCCAUUGCAAAUGGAUGUGCUUUUCUGAAUCCCAAGUUCAGCCCACCCAAAAGCAGCAAGAACACAGACUUUUUCAUUGGCAAGCCAACUCUCAGAGAGCUGACGUCGCAGCAUCCUUAUGCUGAAGUGUUCAUCGGCCGGCCCCACGUUUGGACAGUUGACCUCAGCAAUCAGGAGGAAGUGGAGGCUGCCGUGAAAGCAAUUUUAAGUCAGAAGAUUGAACCAUACAUGCCAUAUGAAUUCACAUGUGAGGGAAUGCUACAGAGAAUCAACGCUUUCAUUGAAAAGCAGGACUUCUGCCAUGGGCAGGUGAUGUGGCCGCCCCUGAGCGCCCUGCAGGUGAAGCUUGCUGACCCCGGCCAGUCCUGCAAGCAGGUGUGCCAGGAGAACCAGCUCAUCUGUGAGCCUUCUUUCUUCCAGCACCUCAACAAGGACAAGGACUUGCUCAAGUACGAGGUGAUCUGCCAAAGCUCGGAGCUGACCAAGGACAUCCUGGUGCCCUCCUUCGACCCCAAGAACAGGCACUGUGUGUUUCAAGGUGACCUCCUGCUGUUCAGCUGUGCGGGCGCCCACCCCCGGCACCAGAGGGUCUGCCCCUGCCGGGACUUCAUCAAGGGCCAGGUGGCUCUCUGUAAAGACUGUCUAUAGCGGCCCUUGGCUCGGCCCCGCAUUCACUCUGCCGGGGGGGAAACGGGCUCCAACCCCAACGGGACAGGGCCGGGGGGCAGACAUCAUGUCAUUCAGGGACUCUCCCCAGAGCCUGAACUUUAUGCUGGAGGUUUCAAUUUGGUAUUGCUCCUUCUGUGGUCCGAGCACCAACAGCGGAAUCCUCGCCGAAACAGAAGGAGCAGACAUCAGGGCAGGAGCCUGGCUUCUCCUUGGCACAACUUCCUUUUUAUUUCUUGAGGAGACUGUCACUGCAGCUGCUCCAAGGCAGGAAGAGAGUCUCAAGAUUCAUUGAAAACGGAACCAGAGGAGGAAUGGAGCUUGUCGGAAAGAACUUUCUAAGGCAACAUUCCUAAACCCAUUAACUUAUUUAUUUGGGAGGGAGGGAGGGAGGGGGAACAGGGAGGGCAAAGAGGGACUGAUCACAUGUCUUGUUUCUCUGAUUUCCCACUGUUUACUGUCCACCUUCACUGUAUUAUUACUCCUGUCUGCUUCCAAAAGGAAGCAGGAGGGAGACAGGGUGCACUGUGGGGCUGGUGGCUCACUUGAGGGCAGCUGCGGGGACCUAGCUCCUCAAAGUGGAUAGUAGCAGAACAAAAGAAAGUCUUGUGUAUGCUUGACAGAUGGCAGCUAGAGAACAGGCACCUCCUGGGCGUGGGGGGACAGACCCGUGUUGUCCUGAGAGCCCAGCCAGGGACCAAAGAUGGGGCCGUUUUGCAAUGAGAGCUCCUUUCCUCAACCCUCCCCCCUCCUACCCCCGUCACAUGCAUGCACGUGCGCGCACCUUGGCCCCACACCUUUCCUUUAGGAAAGAAAAACAGGAUUGGGAAAUUGAUAUUUGCUGGUUGGUGGUGAAUCCACCCUCUCUCCAGUGCCACUGGGAGGAGGAAAGUAGAAACAUGGGUCACGCUUGUUUACUCCUGAAGCGGGUGAUCCAAGCUGGGGUGUGGACAGGCAUGAAGCCGGCCCCUAAGAACCAGUGACGCCACCACAGCUGUGCUCCAGACAGGUGGGCUUGUGUUCUAUUCCUUCUCGUGUCUCCUGUCACCAGAGUUGCAGGAAGGAGGCUCUCCAUGGCCCUGAUGUUGGCAGGGGGAGCAGGGGCAGGCCGGCUGGAUGUGGUGUGUGGUCCUGGCGAUCGCCUGUGGGUGCAUGGGUGUGUGUCUCGCAUGGGGCUGGAGUCUGAUGCUGGUUCUUACUUGAGGCUCAAGUAUUCUUGGGGGGGAGGGGAGAGGUGGCAUCCUGAGUUACAGGUUGGCCCAGUCAGACUCACUGGAUGUCCCCCGCUAACCCUGGAGUUCCCCACUGUCCACCAUGGUGGGAGCUUCCUGCCCCCCACCCGCCCUGCUUCAGUGCUCUGGGUGGAAGUGCGUGUGUUUCCUGUGAAGCCCCUGGCAUCUCCAGGCUGGUAACAGUGAGCCCUCUUCUCCUCCUUGCAGAACAUCCCAGUCAUGAGCUGUGGCCUGAGCCCUCCAGCCCUCCCUGGUGGCUGAGUGCCUUGGUCACCUAGCACCAUGCUCCGCCCCUGCACCCUCGCUGCCAGCACUCUGGCUGCCAUUCGGGACAGCCAGCCCAGCCUCUGCCCCACAGGACAGGCCGGCAGGGCUCACGGUUGGGUGGGCCUUCGGGAAGGGAGCUAGAUGAGGAAUGCUGCCUCUUGCAAACCACGAGGCCUGUGGGGCCUUUAGGUAUGGGAAGUUAGACUGUGCCUGCUUCUCCGUUCUUCCGUAAUGCGUAGUAAAUAGCAUCAAGGGCACAGCCAGCCUUUUUCUUCCCCUUAGACUCUCGGUUGGUCUGAAUGUCUCCUCUAACAUCAGAGAGUAAAGCGGGUGAGGAGCAGCAGCUUUCGGGUGGCCCCUGAGUACAUGUGACAGGGAGAGCUCUGAUAGGGAGCCCUCAGGAACUCGCGGGGAGCACCCUCUGCCUGAGCCCAGCAGCAAGGGCAUGUGAGUGUAGGGAAUCUUGGUGAUCCGGCGUGUGUGUGUGUAUAUAUAUUAAUGUUCCUGCAAGUUUUGCAAGGGCAAUUCCUGCUGUAGGAAAACAACUGCCUUCUGUGUUGUUAGGAACUGCUUUUCCCUAUGAAUGGGCCUCUGGGUUUCACCCUCGGUUGUGGCAAUUCCGUUGAGCUCCCCGGGCUGCAAUCCCUGGGCCAGGGCCGCCCUCUGCUGGGCUCUUCUGGGAGCUUCCGGAGGUGAGGCUGUCAUGCAGGCGCUGGGCCAGCAGGGGGAGCCUGUGGGCCGAGACCGGAUUUCUUUGGCUGGGCCAGAUUAACCAACCCAUUUUGCAGAGCUGUUUCAGUCAGCCUGGGGACUCAGAAAGCAAGGAAGCUGCGAAGCAACGUUCUGGGAGAGCUGCCGCGCCGGCAUGGUGUUCUGGAAGCUGUGGGGAUUGUUUGUGGCUAUCCUGUUUGCUGAGCUCAGGGCCUCUCAGCCUCCUAUUCCUUUCCUCUCCAUCAGGACUCAGGUCUAGGAGGCCGGCAGAGCCCUUCCCCACGCUUGAAGAUCCCUGUGGCAGCCCCCACUCCUACAGUCCAGUAGUGGCCAGAAGGACCUGGAGUUCCGCAGAUGGGGCUGCUGCUCCGAGGCAAACCUGCACUCCAGGUGUCUGGGGCUUUAAGAGUAGAGGCAGUGACACCCAAAUGUAUCCAACUCCCAGGCCACCACCCCCAGGGGCCCAGGUCUGAUCAGUGCCCUGCCCCCACCCCCCAAGGGGCGACUAGGGAGGAGGCCUCCAUCUACCCUGUGUGGAAGGGGCACUGGGGCUGGCUGCCCUGGGAGAGGACUGUGCCUCUCAGGACAGCUGGGAGCCUCUGGUGGUGUUGCUACUGCCAUCUGAACAGAAUCCUAAACCAGUUUUUAAUUGCCGAUUUUUGCAGGGACAGAGAUCCUAAACCAGGAUCCUUGUCUCCCUAUGUCAUAAGCAUACUUUGCCAGUUUUUGUCCAUUUUCUUUUCCUUAGUAAAAUUUGGCUCCCCCCACCCCCGCCACUGUGAUCUUACCGAAUUCUUAAACAUGAGGGAAAUGUAUCUAAUUUAUUAAAAGAGAGCUUUCCUUUGAACCGUAAACACUUUUGGGAGUGAAAACUCCGGAAAGGGGAAGCACACUUCUUUUAAUGCCAGUAAACACCUCCUUUAUUUCAUGUAAGUAAUUUGAUUUGCACAUGUACAAAUGGAGACACUUUUUGCAUUUUUGCUUGGACUGGGUUUUGGUCACUGCUUUAGUUUGCUUCUGUGUGUGUGUUUGCUUUAUGUUUUGAAAUAGUAAGAAUGUUUCUUUGAUAUUUAUUGUUUCUCUGAUGUGCCUUUUCACUUUUCUUUGGGGUUGGUUUUUAGAAUCUUGGUACCAUUGAAGAUAGGACACAUCCUUGUGUCACCGAGGAUGCUCAGGCUGGGCACCAGAAAGACCUUCCCAGCCCGCUAGGCCACAGCCUCUGUGCUCCUGCACCCCCAUGAGGCAACGAGAACCCCCAAGAGAAGGUCUGGCUUCCUCCCGGGCUGCUGGCCACCUCUUUGGAUCUGAGGAGAGCGGGUCGCCAACAGGCUUGUGCUCCCUGCAACUCAGGCACCCUGGUGAUGUGUGGCUGGGGCCCAAGACCAGUCCUAUCUGGGAGGAAAAAAAGCAGUCCCCACUUGAUGUGAUUAUCAUAAGGGGGGGGAAGAACAUGCAACCCCUGCUGUUUCCUCAGGGAACACGGGGAUUAUUUGAGUAAAGGUGAUAAAAUUGUAUGCUGUGUACAGGUGGGUUUGUGCUUUUGAGACCAAGGCAGGCCACCCGAUUUCUCCAAGUUGGUGUACCUACAUUGUGUAUAUAAUUGGGACAAAUACCAUCUUUUCCCAUGUCCCCCAAAUCUUUGAUUUAAAAAAAAAAAAAAAAAAGUCUAUUUUGUUAACGACAGGCUUGGUUGUAUUACCAUCCCAAGCCUGGAUUUAUUUAUUUUAAAAUAUUUUAAUUUCCACAUUGGCUUCAUCCUAAUCCCAUCCAUCCCUGUAGGGCUGCAGAACAUCUCCGUGGGAAGAGAGGGAUGGACAGAAGGAGAUUCAGACUUCUUUGGGGAGGUGGGGAUUUCCUACCUGGAAAGCUGAGGGUGAGUUCUUUCAUUCCUGUUGGCUUCAGCAAAAACUGGAAGCUUAGGUUUUUCUAGCAAAAGGCCAAAUUAGCUGUAUAGUCUCAGAUGCAGAAACAAGUUACCCGCGCUUUCUUAGCACUUAGGGUUUUUGUGAGGAUUCAGUGUUUAGCCGUGUCUGGCACAUAGUAAGCCCUCGUAAAUGUUAAAUAUUGUUAUUGUUAGCAUUUCAUAAAAUUUGAGAAAUCAAGAGCUAAGUUAUACCUCCAUGAACAUACUCCUCCAAGUUGACGGAAUGUUGUAGGAAUUUCUGGUUUGAGAUGUCCAAGUCCCGUGCCCAUCCUGCUGGUUGAAAUAUUACUAUAUCCCCGAGUGCACUGACUGAUUUGCAAAUAUGCCUGACUUCAGCCCCAGAGGGAACUAGGCUGUAAGAAUGUGUAAACUGGAGACGAAAAGGGUGACCAGUGCUGGACCUCAACCCACUGAUGUCUUCUGGACCAUGCUAGGGUUCUUCUUUGUAGAACUUUUUGAGCUAGAAUUAAAGUAAGUUCUUGGACAGACUGUACCCCUUUAAAUCAGUUAACUAUAUUCCUCUGAAAUGAAGUAAUAAAGACUUCCUGUGUUUUAUUUAAGGAGAAAGGAAUGACCAGUUGAACUUUGUCAUUCCCUAGGAAGUCCCUUUGCUGUUCCCUGCUGGCCGGGGCAGCCCCUCCACAGUCCAGCCCACAGGGAUGGGACCCUGGGCUGAUUAGCGGUCGCGUGUUUGUUUGGCCCCGUUCCCCGAGAAGACCCACCUCUCCCCCAGCCUGGCUCUGCCAGCCUGGAGACCCCAAAACGAUCUGACCAAUCAGGUGGAGCUAUGGCGGACAGGGAAGUUGAGGGGUACAGAGUGUCUGCAGAACCGCUCCCAAGAGGCUGCUCAGUGAUGUUUUCCCAGAUCACCUAAAUACCAGUUUGCCUUUUGUUGUAUUGGGGGUUUCGCGGCUUUCUUCCCCGUCGUAGAGUUUUAUCUUCUGUCUCGGCACUAUUCUGGAUAGACUGCAGUUGGGAGUGUGGAUGAAUUUGCAGGGGUCCAGGGUCCUUCUAAGUUCCUUCGUGUUCUUUAGGGGAAUCAGCAGUCUUCUAUGUUUGUGGGAAUAAGAUUGGAAUCCUCCUUCUUCAGAGCUUCGUUCCGUCUAACCCCAGACUCUGUGAUGCUUUAGGACCACCCCCUCCACCCCCGGCAGCUGGUGAGGCACGGCAGAGGGCAGCUGUGUGCUCCUAUGGUGGGGGGGCCCAUGUCGGGGGACAGGUGUGGGUGCUCAGACAGGCGGGCAACGCCGCAGGCCUCAAAAGCCUUGCUGGGAACAGCAGGAUGGGACCUUAGUGGGGGCCACCGCCUCCGCCAAAGCCAAGAUGGAGCAGACCUGGGAAGCACGGUGCUCACUGUCAUGCCCAAGUGUUCACGGGACGAGAGCAGAAGGGUCGAUGCCAAAGGAGAGGGUGCCAUCCUUCCUACUGUAGUUGCUGUCCCGAUCUUGAUGUCCUUAAGCUAACGGCCGUUUGCGUGUGUGUCUUCAAAGAGCUCCUGGUACAACCGUUUUCUGCUGUUCACUUUCGGGGUUCCGUAGUGCAGGAUUCUGCAAGUAAGGUGUCGCUGUCCACAUGUACUGUACCUGCAUAGAGAACACUGCUUUGUUUUCCAAUGUUGUAGAGAAAACUAGGGAGAACUUUAUUUUUCAAUAAACUUUUGUUGUGUGA